UGUAUCAUCCGCAGCAACUUCGUUCCUCGGCCAUGAGGGUCUGCUUGGGUCGAGAUUUGGGGUUCCUGGUAUCCUCAUCAGGUAUCAACGCUUCGUACGACUAUGUUGUGAUAGGAGGUACGUAUCACUCACACAAAAUCUCCACGGGAAAAGCUAAGACAGUGCANGGUGGGACAGCAGGGUUGACAGUAGCGACUCGACUUGCCCAGAACGGAAGUUUCUCUGUUGCGGUCAUUGAAGCAGGGAGCUUUUACGAACUCGACAACGGGAACUUCAGUCAGAUACCAUAUGUGAGCCGAUGCAAAACACAAAAGAACCAUAGUGAUCGUCUGCUGAUUCUGAUCCAANNGUAUGACUUCGAGUCAGCCAGUGGAUCUCCAGACCUGUCGACGGUCAACGGUCUUGUCGAUUGGAAGUUUCUUACUACACCACAGACUGGGCUGUUGAAUCGCACCAUCCACUAUGUACGUGGGAAGUGUCUCGGAGGCUCCAGUGCGCGUAACUACAUGGUUUACAACAGAGGAACUAUUGGCACAUUUGCAAAAUGGACAAGCCUAGUUGGAGACAGCACCUGGGAUUGGGAUGGCGUUUACCCUUACUAUCGCAAAUCAUCACACUUUACACGCGCCAACUCAAACCUGCGAGGUGCGAAUGCAUCGGUUGGUCUAGUCAACGAUGCUGCAUCGUUCGCGAGCAACGGCGGUCCUCUUCAAGUCAGCUACCCAAACUUUGCCCAACCUUGGUCAUCGUUCUUUCCAAAAGGCUUCGAAGAAGUUGGUAUUCCUUUCCUGGAACAGGGUAUCAGUUCUGGCCAUCUGGACGGUUAUGCGAGUGUUACAUUGACCAUAGAUCCCACUCAGCAAACACGCAGCUCUUCCGAAACGUCGUUCCUUNNCCGGGCGGCCCUCGUAAGUACUAAUAUAGUGGUGUACACACACGCUAUGGCCAAGCGUAUUCUGUUUGAUGCGGACCAGAGAGCGACAAGUGUCUUGGUCGAUGUUGCAGGCAUGCAUUUCCAAAUCAACGCGACCCGCGAGAUCAUCUUGUCCGCUGGAGUUUUUCAGUCGCCUCAGCUACUCAUGGUGUCUGGAGUUGGACCAAAAGCGACCUUGGAUCAACAUGGUAUCCAUAUUGUUGCAGAUCGCCCGGGCGUGGGUCAGAACAUGUGGCGAGUAACGUCGCUUUCCUAUGAGGUCAACGUCGAAACACCCUCUGUCCUAACGAACGAUCCCAAUCGCAUCUAUGAAGAGAAUGAAGCUUUCAUCACACGCCGAUCUGGCAUGUUGACCAUGGUGAAUAUCAGCUCCACAGCACAGAAUGCCUUCCAAAACAAUUUCCCUUCCGACUGGCCCGAGGUCGAACUG